UCCCUCCAAACCUUCGAAUCGAAAACCCAUGGCGGCCACCUCUCCCUCCCAUUCGCAUUCCCCAAUCUACUACAUAAUCGCCUCGACCCGCCCCUGCCCAAAUCCUCUCCCACCUCCGGCUCCUCCUCCUACCCUCCUCCACCACCGCCCGCCUCCCUCUACCGCUCCGCCGCGCUAGGAGUCGGAGGAGGAGCAGCCAGCCGCCAACGCCGCCGCCACCCAUGGCUGACAAGGAGAACUCCGCUUUCGCCUCCGCGCCCCGCCUCACCCGUGCCUCCGCCAAGCGCGCCGCUGCCGUCACCGCCGUGGCCGUCGCCGCCAAGCGCAAGCGCGUCGCCCUCAGCGAGCUCCCCACGCUGCCCAACGCCGUGGUCCAGUCGCACACCAAGCCCAAGAAGUCCUCCCACGUCUCCAAGCGGAAGAAGCCCCUGCCCGUCCGCGAGCCGACGACGGCGCCCGUGCCCGUGCCUGACGCCGCCGAUGAGAUCGGGGACCCGCAGCUCUGCGCGCCCUACGCGUCCGACAUCUACUCCUACCUCCGAUCCAUGGAGGUAGAGGCGAAGCGGCGGCCGGCGGCGGAUUACAUCGAGACGGUGCAGAAGGACGUCACGUCCCUUAUGCGUGGCAUCCUUGUUGACUGGCUCGUCGAGGUCGCCGAGGAGUACAAGCUCGUCUCCGACACGCUCUACCUCACCAUCUCCUACAUCGACCGCUUCCUCUCAGCCAACUCUCUCAACCGCCAGAAGCUGCAGCUCCUUGGCGUCUCCGCUAUGCUCAUUGCCUCGAAGUACGAGGAGAUCAGCCCCCCUAAUGUGGAGGAUUUCUGCUACAUCACUGACAAUACUUACAUGAAGCAAGAGCUAAUUAAGAUGGAGAGUGAUAUACUUAACCUUCUCAAGUUUGAGAUGGGCAAUCCUACUGCCAAGACCUUCCUAAGGAUGUUCAUCAGAUCUAGCCAAGAAGACAAGAAGUAUCCCAGCCUUUCUUUGGAGUUCAUGGGGAGCUACCUUUCCGAGCUUAGUCUGUUGGAGUACAGCUGUCUCCGAUUCUUGCCAUCAGCCAUUGCAGCUUCAGCAGUGUUCGUUGCAAAGCUGACCCUUGAUCCAGACACCAACCCUUGGAGCAAGAAGUUGCAAUCAGUGACCGGCUACAAGGCAUCUGAGCUGAAGGACUGCAUUACUACCAUACAUGACUUGCAGCUCAGGAGGAAAGGAUCAUCUUGGAAUGCAAUCAGGGACAAAUACAAGCAACCCAGGUUCAAGGGUGUAUCUGCAUUGCUACCUCCGGUUCAUAUCCCUGCAUCAUACUUUGAAGAUCUCAAGGAGUAGGCGUUCCUGGAUGAUGAUGUAGUUGGAUGAACACUCUUGAGCUUUCUUCAACCGAGAUACAUGACGACUGAAGUUGAGAAUUGGCUUUCAGUCCAGUUAGGGUACUGUGAGAUCCUUAGAUGCUGGUAUUGUCAAACCUCAGCUAGGUGCUCUCGGAGUUGAUUUAUCAUAGUAGGAGGCUAGGCAAGUGGAGACUUGUACCUGUAUCAUAUUUAUACAUUACAAUCUGAUGCCUCUUGCUCCUGUUAAUCGACAAUUACUAUAUUUGAUCCCCUGGUUGUAGCUCUUAUUUUUCUGCUAUUUUUAUUUGUAGAGGUAAAUUUAGGAGCGUAUAGAAAUAACUUAGUGUGCAGUAUGCACUAGGCACUGCAGUGACUAAUUGUUGGAAAUAUAUGAGAUCUUUUACAGA